AUGGCAAAACAAUCCAAACCAGAUUAUUACCAAAGUCUUGGCGUCAACCGCGACGCUUCCGAACACGAAAUUAAGCGCGCUUUUCGCAAACUAGCGAUGCGUUACCACCCCGACCGCAAUAAAGAACCCGAUGCCGAAGCUAAGUUCAAAGAAAUUAAUGAGGCUUACGAAGUUUUAUCAGAUCCCCAAAAAAGGGCUCGCUACGACCAGUAUGGCCACGCGGCUUUUGAUCAGAGCGCCGGUUUUGGCGGUUUUGAGUUCGAAGGUUUUGGCAGUUUCGACGGCAUGGAUAUCAACGACAUUUUCAGUUCGUUUUUUGGCGGCGGUGGUUUUGGCCACAGCAGUCGGCGUCCGCGCCGCGGAGCUAACAUCCAGGGUCAAAUCACGAUCCAGUUUUUAGACGCUAUUUUUGGUAAAAAGAUCGUCCAGAAACUUGAUAAAUGGGUUAACGACCGCCUGGAAAGAGUUGAAACAACCAUCGAAAUUCCGGCCGGCAUUUCCGACGGACAAGCGAUUAUUUUCAAGGGCUACGGUCAGCGUGGCCACAACGGCGGUCCGAGCGGUGACCUUUACCUAGUGGUUAAGAUUGCUAAGCAUAAGCAUUACGUGCGCGAUAACUACAACAUCCACCUGGAGAUACCCGUCUCGGCUUUUGACAUUUUGCAAGAGAAAACUUUGGAAGUGCCGACUCCUUACGGCAAAGAAAAAAUUAAACUGCGCGCGGAUUACGAUUCGCAAACUACGAUUAAAUUGUCCAAAAAAGGCGUGCCUUCAAUGCGUCACCACUUUGUCGGUGAUUUAAUCAUCCACCUCAAAAUUUACCUACCAUCUUUACCACGCCAACAAAGCCAGCAAAUUCGUGAUUUAACUUCCGAAUUAGUUGACCGCACUUACGACAAGUUUUUGCGGGAGUUUAGUUAG